AUCUCGCUUAGAGAAUUAACUCGAGAUCGCCAGCACCAACACUGUUGAUCGCUGGCUCGGCUAGACGUACUGUGUUGGGCAUGUUCCGUGUCCAUCAGUGGUUCGCGUAAACGACCAUAAGCACAUGGAAUGGUGCAAUUCGGCAAUCUCAGCUCUACAAAUAACCAGCCUGCCCCGACUCGUUUCUCCACUCACCCUUGUGUUUCACUGCAUCAUGAGGCUCCUUGAACUCGCUGCUGUCGUUGGCAUUGCUGCCUCUGCUGUCCAGGCGCGCAGUCCGCUCGCGACCCCAGACCAGCGCGAUCUUGACGAACUCGCCAUCGAGAUCUUCCAAGACAACGCCUUCGCUUUCCUCAAGGGGGAGGCAAAGGGUGCUUACAAGGUCGCUCAUGGACUGCCCAUCAGCGACGAAGCCUCUGCCAGUCUCGACCAGGCGAUUGAGGAAUUGACCUUCAGUGCGGUGCAGAAGGCUGUCAACACCGAUCCAUACUAUCCCAAGGUCUACUGGUACGAUGCCGGUCCGCGCAGCUGGUUCGGCCUGGAUGUGCCUGGUGGGCGCUAUUCCUACGACAAUCCGGACUGUGUCUAUCGCACCAUCCCGAUCAGCUCCAAGGUCGACUACAUUGUGACUGGCCACCGCCACUCUCCAGGACCAUUGGACGUCAGUUUCUCUCUUAUCAGCAAUCCCAACUCCCAGAAUACCGUUUCGCAUCUGUCAGGCGAUGAUCUUGUCGUCAACAGCGAUGGCUCGUACACCAUCACGAUCAACAGCACUGCUGCCGAGGGCCAGACGAAUCAUAUCCACUCGACCCCUCUGGCAAAGCAGCUCCUCAUCCGCAACAACCGUGGCGACUGGCAGACCGAGCAGCCAGACGAGCUCACCGUCAAGGUAGUCAGCGAUACCGAGGGCCAGGACCCGAUCAGCAAAGACAAGAUCAUCGCCACCGCAAAAUGGAACCUCCAGGAAUCCGUCGCCGACUACGGCGUCGGCGCUCUCGGGCUGAAGACGAUGAUCAACAAAGUAAACUCAUUGGCGAAUCCCAGUCAGUCCAGCACGCUGGGUACCCUGACCAGCCAGGCGAGUUCGUUCGGCCAUUACAACCUCGCCGAGGACCAGGCUCUCGUCGCGACCGUGACGGCCGGAGACGCGGACUAUUUCGUCUUCCCAGUAACAAACCCGUGGAUGGUGUCCGUCGAUCACGUUUGUGGUGUCUCUCGCAGACCCUGGUGUUUACAACUGGAUCAACACCACGGGGCUGCAUGAAGGCACAAUCAUGGUCCGCUGGCAGGGACUGGAUACCUCGGAAUCCUCUACGGACUCACUUUCGGUGGUGACGCAGUUGGUGCAGCUGGCGGACUUGCGGUCGGUGUUGCCGAAGGAAACCCGUUAUGUGACGGCGGAGGAGCGGACAGCGCAGGUUGAGCAGCGGGCAGAGGCGUACAGGGCCUUAACCGUCACUGAAUAAUAGUGGAACAGAGUAGAAAUGAACAAUAAACAAUGAGAAUGAAG